AUGGAUCAAUCUGGACCAGGAGUUUCCAGCUUGAACGAGAACAUGGGCGUCCCAAAUGGAGCCUCGUGCAGGAUCUGUCGUGGAGACCAUACCGAAGAAACACCUCUCUUUCACCCUUGCAAAUGCCGAGGAUCUAUCAAGUACAUUCACGAAGGCUGUCUGAUGGAAUGGGUGGCGUCUAAAAAUGUCGAUUUGUCGCGUCCAGGCUCAGAAAUUAAAUGUGACAUUUGUCACUACCCCAUACAACUUAGUACCGUUUACGACGCUAACACUCCAGACAGAGUUCCAAUAUCACUGGUAAUCCGAACCACAAUUGCUGUACUUCUUCGAAAAGUUCAGCAUACGCUUUGUAUCACCUUAGCGGCGGUACUACUCGUAGUGGGAGUUCCUCUUACCUGGAAUUUUUUAGGUAAGUUAACGGCAAUGGUAUUGUUUGGCGGAAAACUGCCCAUAAGCGGUCAAUUUUUCAAGAGUGUUCUGUUCGGUUUCGAGUCAGAUGUGCCUGACAAGGUUUCAGAUUUAGACAUUGUGAUUCAACUUUUGAAAAACUACCGAUUUUCCGUUGCUCAAAUCAUAUUUGUCGCCAUAAUACACAUCGCAUUAUACUUUCAGUACGACAUGGUGGUACGAGAAGCCAUCUUCAACAAGAUGGUGUUUCAUAAGAUAGGGCCACGCUUUAGUAAAGAGGAACUUAUGACUGAAAAGCUUAAGCAACAGUUUCCUGGUAUGGAUGAGAAUACCAUACAUCAUAUUGUUCAGCUAAUGAGAGCAAGAGAAAGGCCCGCCGAUCCAAAUCAAGAAGAGCAUUUUGAUGAAAAUCCUGUAGAGGGCGUUCGGGAGAACGACAAUAAUGCCAAUGAAGGCGAGAAUGGUGAGGGUUUAGGCGUUGAAAUCAAUAGAGAUAAUAGGGUAGCUACUGCGGACUAUCAAGAGCCUGAAUCUUCUACGGGCCAAAGUGUGCAGGAGGCAAGAAAUGCCGAAGGCGAAAAUUUUGGCCAUGUUGACGAUGAGGACGACGAUGAGGACGAUGGUGAUUAUGUGCCCAGUGACGCAUUAUCAUCCCGAAGCUCAAGCUCCUCCAUAAUCUCUAGUGACCAUGAGCCCAAUGACGAAGAACGUGGCCAGCUUUUAGAAGAUGCCGAUCCCGUAAGAGUGUUUCAGCAACGUCGUGCGGUUAAUGAGCUGGAGGAACUGUUGGGGGCACAGCAGCCCAAUUUACCAGAAGGGCAGCCCCAUAACAUUGCUUUCAUGGAGGUGCCUAACGAACCGGUGGCUGACGCCGCUGAAAUAAAUGAAGCUUUGAAUCAGCAAGAUGGACCGGCAGUUUUGGGUCUUCAUCUGCGCUUUAGGAAUAUCCCGUUCUAUUUCCUGGCAACCACUAUAUUUUUAGCCUUGUACCUUUAUCUGGCUUAUGCCAUCCCUACCUUUGUUGGAAAUCUCCUCCAGGGUGCCUAUUGGUUUGCAUGUUCUUGGGGACUCCGUGGCAUUAUCCAAUUGGCGAAGCUAGCCAGAGUGCCUGCUUUGUAUGCCGAGGCAACUAGACGCUACCCACCCAUUGAUACUUGGAUGUCAUGGUCAUUGUCCAGGAUCUUUGAUUCUUUUACUUAUUUGCAUUCCACCUAUGUCGACUAUGAAAACAAAUCUUCUACUGUGGCCCAAUCCAUUCCGGCUCUGACCACCUACUGCACUUUCCUAGGUUUGAUUUGUGGUAGCACGAAUGUCAUCUGUAGGGGGUGCGGGGCAACUAACGGCAUGAAGAACCCUACGUGGCGCUUUAUAUUCCAGUUGUUCUUUGCAAUCAGGUGCUCUUUGAAAGUUUUUCUUUUAUUUGCCAUCGAAUUGGUGGGUUUCCCAGUUUUAGCUGGCUUGAUGAUCGACCUCUCUCUCAUAAGUCCAUGUCUUCAAGAGCACUCCAAGUUUCUGUUCGUAGGAACAUUAAAUAUUUGGGUUCCUUCAAUUUGGGCAUUGUACUGGAGUAUAGGGACUUCUUACAUGUUCUGGUUCGCUAAAUAUGUUGGGAUGGUCAGAAAUUACAUUAUUCGGCCAGGUGUCCUGUUCUUCAUUCGAUCUUCUGACGAUCCCAACAUUCGCAUAUUGCAUGAUAGCUUGAUACAGCCCAUGAGAAUACAAAUCUCGAGGUUAACACUAUCCAUGGGAAUAUAUGCUAUGUUCAUCAUCAUAGGUUUUGGAUUUCACACCCGAGUUCUAUUUCCAGUUGUUUUGCAUUCCAAUGUCUUACCAUUCGCGGACCAAGAAAGCUUAACUCUUUCCUUAAUUGGACUAUCGGUGCUAAAUUCAAAUCUUAUCAUGGAUUUCAAUAAAACCUUCAAAUUGUUUAUUAGACAGUAUUGGACUAAAGUAUUCGGCAUAUGUUGCGGAAAGUUACGUUUGUCGUCAUUUAUUUUGGAUAAAGACAUUUCAACUGAAAGAGGCUAUGUGAUGUAUCGCAACGUUGCUUACAAGCUAUUUUUCUCGGAACGAGCGAAGUGGUCCAACCCAGAGCUUUAUCUGGAUCCAAAAACGCCAUCACAAGCAAGGGAACUCUUCAAAACCCAGAAUAACAUACAUGCAUACUUCAUACCCAAUGGGGUUUUGAUGCGAGUUCCAGCGAAUGACAUAAUAUCGCGUAACUACGUUCAAACACUUUUUGUGCCAGUGACAAAGGAUAACAAACUCCUAAAGCCGCUCGAUAUAGAGGCAAUCAAGGAAAGAAAUAAGGAGGUUAUCGGGGAAUUUAGCCAUUUGGACGACCAGAGUACUGAAUUUGACGCCUACUCCAGGGUUUACACGCCGCCUAAUUUUCGCUUGAGAUAUUCUUCUUUGAUAUUUUUGAUCUGGUUGUUUGCUUCACUAUUGUUUAUCGGCUUGGGACUCCUAUUCAAUUUAAUUGGCAGAAUCACACUACUGGGUCUUUUAUACCCAUUCGUGAGAUUUCAAUUUGUCCGCGGGUUAUGCGUAAUGUACAAAAACCUGUUUGCAGUCGGCUUAGUCCCGGUAGUUGUAGGGGCGUCCGUUUUCAUGAUUGGUCUUGAGCUCUAUCAAGAACUUCGAAUCUCUAGAUUUCUUCGCGACCAACACGCUGUAGAGGAAGAACAGCAGGAGCAAGCUCGAGAGGAGGCUCGGGAAGACCAAGAAGGUUUAAGGCAUCCAGUAGAACAUGCCGGAGAAGACGAGGGGAUCCCUCUUUGGAACAGGUUGGCAGGACAGCAAAAAAACAUCAUGUCUUGUUUGAUUGGCUUUGUCGGUGCGGCAAAGUUUGUAUUUGUUCUCGAUUACAAUUUUUCUACAAUUGUCUUAUUCGUGAAGUUAUUAUUACGUGGAAACUCGCCUACUGAAACCCGUCAACGUUUUUUUAUGACCAUGACCUUUACUGAUGCUCCUUUUGACCUAGCCGAAUGGAAAUCCAUCGAGGUAGUACUAUUUGCAUGCUGGCUUCUCUCUAGCCUUUUAGUGGAACAUAAGGCAUUUUUUUCCGCUCUGAUGCGUGAGAGGGAUGAUGAGACCUGUCACCUCUUGAGAAAGCAGCUAAGGACGUUAUUGACAGAGUGUUUGACAACCGCAGGGCUCAUCAUACCUUUACAAUUGACGGUGUGUGCCAUGGAAUACGCAUCUAACGGGGAUUAUUACAGUUCUAUUCUAUCUACUUUUGACUUUCUCCUGAACUCGAGAGGGCUGACACCGGCCUCUGAAAUGCCUUGGACAAUGCUCCAAAUGACAUUUUACUUAAUUUCGCCUGUUAUUUGUGCUAGAUACUAUCUCACAGGUCUACUAAGAAGCGCCAACAACUUCCUUCACAAAUCUAUUUCAAUCACCAAAGAAGAGGUCUACGGUAGGGGAAGAACAUUGACGAAUCUCCCCGAGGACAUCGAAUUAUAA